AUGGUAACUCCCAAAACCCUAGCUAAAAUAGCCCAUAAGUGGCAGAAGGCGAUGGUCUCCACCGGGCGGCGGCGGCGGCGGCGGCGGAGGAGGAUCUCACUGCCAAGAACAAGAAGCUCCUCCAAGGUGGCCGACAAGGGUCAUUUUGUGGUCUACACAUUGGACCACAAACGGUGCGUUUUGCCGAUAAGCUAUUUGGGGAACUAUGUCUUAAGGGAGCUGUUGAAGAUGUCGGAGGAGGAGUUUGGGCUGCCGGCGGAUGGGCCAAUAAAGCUGCCGUGUGAGGCGGCGUUUGUGGAGUAUAUUGUGUAUUUGAUUCGACGACAUGUCGACUUCGAAGUGGAGAAGGCUCUGGUUCUGUCGGUUGCUCCCGCGGUGAAAGGCUGUUGUGGUUCUAAUUUGUUCUCGUCGGCGGCAAGGGUGGCGGAAGCUGGCCGGCCGGUGAUGAUGGGGUUUGAGAUUUGUAUGGACCAUACACAAUUUUAUUAAGGAAUUUGGACUCCAACCGGUCAUAAUUGUUGGAUAACGAAAGUCCCACGUCCAAUAAUUUAAAGAAUGUUCAUCAAUUUAUAAUCAAAGAAUACGCACGUUUGACAUU